ACAAAUACAAAAACAAAUCAACUUCACAACAAUCAUCCCCAACUGAAAAAACCGAACAACAAAGUACAUGCAAAUGUCGCCCAAGAGACAGAAUCUAUCGGAAUCUCCUCCGCCGCCAUUCUCCGCCUCUUAUCCUCCUCCUCCUCCUCCUGCGCCGCCGGCCACCCGCCGCCUCCUCACGCACGAUCAGGAGUUCUCCAUCAUGGUCUCCACCCUCCGUAACAUCGUCUCCGGUAACGAUUCCGCCUCCGCAGCCCCCGAAUUCCUCCAAUUCCCUCUCUUCGCCGACGCCAUGAUCAGCGGCGGUGACAAUAAUAAUCAGUUCCGCGCCGAGGAUUUGGACACGUGUCAAGUGUGUGGGCUUGACAUCGAAAGGUGCUUGGGGUGCAAACUUUUCUCGCCAAUUUCAUCUUCUCCACAAAAUCACAACGAAAUGACGAUGAUUAAUGCAAAUAAUAAUAAUAAUCACAUCAGCAGUGGUAGUAGUAAUAGUAGGCCUGCUCCAAGGAAGAGAAUGGGGAAGAAGAAUUACAGAGGAGUGAGACAGAGGCCGUGGGGGAAAUGGGCUGCGGAGAUUCGGGACCCGAGGCGGGCCACUCGGGUCUGGCUCGGGACGUUCAACACGGCCGAGGAGGCGGCCAGGGCCUACGACAAGGCCGCCAUUGAUUUCCGCGGCCCACGGGCCAAGCUCAACUUCCCCUUCCCGGACACCUCCUUGAGGACCAACGUCCAGAGCAAUGCGAUUAAUGCUAGUACUUCGUCGAUCAACACUGCAGAAGAAGUUCGCCUACACGCGGCGAUGCCGGCGGCGCAGGAGCAGGAAAGUUCAGAGAAUCCGAGUAGCAGCGGAUUAAUGUCGGCUCAUGCGGAUGAUCAUAUAAGGUUUGAUUCGAUGGAUAUUGAGAAAGAUCUUCAGAGUAGUAGUGAUUUCUGGGACGAGGAUAUUCAUAAGUGGUUGAUGGAUUUUUCCGGUGAUCAUUCUUCAGACUCCGGCAACGGCUCUGGGAUUUUUAAUUAUUCUUGAAUUCAAUUAGUUCUUGGAGCUCCUUAUUAUUCACUUCAAUAUAUAUUGUAUAUUUUUUCUUUUUA